AUGGGAAUCAAACAACUGUUCAAGUUCGUAUCGGAGAACGCCCCGAAGGCGGUGAGUGAGCAGAAGAUGGAGAACUACACUGGAAGAAGCUUAGCUGUGGAUGCCAGUAUGUGUCUGUAUCAGUUCGUCAUUGCAGUGCGUCUAGGAGGGGACAAUCAGCAUGCUAACCUUACCAAUGCGGCGGGAGAGGUGACCUCUCAUAUCUCGGGGAUGGUGACCAGGACGCUGAGGAUGAUGGAAGCUGGCAUAAAACCAGUGUAUGUGUUUGAUGGGAAACCACCUAGUCUGAAGACGGGUGAACUCGCUAAGAGAAGGGAGGUUAAAAAGAAGGCUGAGGAGGAUCUUAAGGAGGCUAUCGAAAAAGGUGAUGACGAGGGCAUCAGAAAAGCUGCCCAUCGGUCUACUCGAGUGACACCCCAGAUGAAUGCGGACGUGAAAAAGUUGCUGACGAUGAUGGGAUGCUGUAUUAUCGAGGCCCCUGAGGAGGCCGAGGCGACGUGUGCGGCUUUGGUGAGGUAUGGUAAGUGCUAUGGAGCUGUCACUGACGACAUGGACGUUCUCACUUUCGGCUCGCCCGUUCAAGUCAAGAACCUGUUCAACACGCUGGGUAGUGGCCAGCAAGGUUCUGCUGGGAAAACUACUAAGCCGGUUUAUGAGAUGUCGCUUUCGACUGUACUUGAGCAAUUGGACGUCAGCAUGGAUCAGUUCAUUGAUUUCUGCAUCAUGUGCGGGUGCGAUUAUCUGGACACUAUCAGAGGCAUCGGUCCUAACAACGCGUUCAAGUUGAUUGUAGAGCACAAGAGCAUUGAGGGCGUUCUUGACCAUAUUGAUAAGACCAAGUUCGCUGUGCCAGAGAGUUGGGCUGCAGGAGAUUAUAAGACGGUUAGAGAGUAUUUUCUCGAUGCCCCUGCAGUGGAGAGGGAGAAUAUGAACUUGAAUUGGCCGGUGCCGGAUUAUGAAGGACUGAAGAAGUUCCUAGUGGAUGAUAAUCAGUUCUCUGAAGAUCGAGUGGAGAAGUACAUUAGUAGGCUGAAGAAGUGCAAACAGGCGAAGACGCAGAUGCGGUUGGACACCUUUUUCAAGACUACGAAACCUGCGAUAAAGAAGGAGGAUAAAUUCGAUCCGUUCAAGAAAGAAACUAAAAAAAAUGGCGCGAGUACUGGUGGCAGGAAGAGAAGCAGCGUGUCGAUGAAGGGAUCGGCAGCGAAGAAGGUGAAGAAAUAA